AUGUCAAGUUUGGCACUGAACAAGGGUAAACGCAGCUUCGAUGUGGAUUUUAUAAUCGAACAGCUUUUGGCAGCUAAAUCUCUUCCAUCAAAACAGGAAAAAGAUAUCACAGUGGAAGUUCUCAUUACCGAGUACCAACAUCUACUCAAUCAGAAACAUGACACUUUGGUGGUUCAACAAAGCUAUCUACUACCAGCAAUAUUCAGACAAGAAGAAAAACAAAGAGGCCUCCAACACCAUGUUGAUCAUACAAUUCGUCAACUAUGCAUGGCAUCACGUGGUAUUUUCUUGGAGCAACCAAUGCUUUUGGAACUAUGUGCUCCUGUUAAUGUGAUGGGUGACAUUCAUGGCCAGUAUGAUGAUCUUUUAAGACAUUUUGAUAAUUGUGGUUACCCUCCUAAGUCAAAUUAUAUCUUUUUGGGGGAUUAUGUUGACAGAGGGUGUCAUUCAUUAGAGACCAUCUGUUUGGUCUUGGCAUAUAAAGUUAAAUAUCCACAGAAUUUUUUUCUUCUUCGAGGGAAUCAUGAAUGUGCAUCUAUUAAUAGAAUUUAUGGAUUUUAUGACGAAUGUAAACGCAGAUAUAACAUCAAAUUGUGGAAAACAUUCACAGAAUGUUUUAAUUGUUUGCCCAUUGCUGCUAUCAUUGAAGGAACAAUAUUAUGUAUGCAUGGAGGACUUUCUCCAGAUUUGAUUGAUCUUAACCAGAUCCGUGAAAUUGAGCGUCCCCUAGAUGUUCCAGAUCAUGGACUUGUAUGCGAUCUUCUCUGGUCUGAUCCAGAUGAGGAUAUUGCUGGUUGGGGUGAAAAUGAUCGAGGUGUUUCCUUUACGUUUGGUGGAGAUAUUGUACGAGAAUAUUUGAAAAAAUUGGAUUGUAGUUUAUUGGUUAGGGCUCAUCAGGUUGUGGAAGAUGGUUAUCAAUUUUUUGAAAAAAGAAAGUUGGUGACAUUGUUCAGUGCACCAAAUUACUGUGGAGAAUUUGAUAAUGCUGCUGCUGUGUUGAUCAUUGACGAAGAUCUCACUUGUUCUUUUAAAAUAUUACCUCCCACAAAAGGGAAAACAUUUCUUGUUGAUCAGAAAAGUAAGAAGUAA